AUGCUACACAUCGCGACGCAUUCUGAUGACCAAGUAUUUGAUGCUAACAUCCGCAAUUACUCUCUAGUUGCUCGAAUAAUGAAAUCCGCCCUCCCGGAAAAUGCGAAAAUCGCGAAAGAGGCGAAAGAGUGCAUGCAAGAAUGCGUGAGCGAGUUCAUCUCGUUUAUCACCAGCGAAGCUUCCGAGAAAUGUCAACAAGAAAAAAGGAAGACCGUCAAUGGGGAAGAUAUCCUCUUUGCUAUGACCUCACUCGGAUUCGAAAACUACUCCGAAGCUCUAAAGAUCUAUCUUUCAAAAUAUCGCGAAACCCAAUCCUCAAGGGGGGAGAACCAGAACCGGCCACCGAGCAGCGGGUACGGCUCCGGCGGACCAGUCGGAGGUGCAGCCAGCGGUGCCCCCGGUGGGACUGGGAAUGCAGGCGCAACGGGGUCUUCCGGCUUCUCAGUCCCUUCCGAGGGGUCCAACAACAUAUUGAGCCCGAACCUCGACCCGAACGAGCAGAGCAGCGCUACAUACGGCUAUUCCACCAUGGUGGGCCCUUCACACAAUGGUGUCGGUGGCGAGACCUACUAG